AACCACUCUUCUGGCUUCCGAACCCCUUCAUUCUAAACACUAAACACUAAACACCAAAUCCAUCUGCUUUACCUUCUCCUCCUGAAGCUGAGUGCCAAUAGAUUUUCAUCCAGGUUCAAGCCAUGCAACCUAGCGAGGUUACAGGAUUCCACUAUCUACUGCCCUCAAACCACUCUCCAUAUUCGACGUAUUUUAACAUGAGUCACAAUAUCACCCCAACAUUUCAAUUUAAUAGAUUCCCUGAUCCACAUAAUUUCCAGAUUCCUCCUCAACUUCAAGAAUUCAGUCUACAGACAUCAAGCCUAAGCAACAAUUCAACUUCAGAUGAAGCAGAUGAGCAACAACUCUCCCUUAUCAAUGAGAGGAAGCAGAGAAGAAUGAUAUCUAACAGAGAAUCUGCACGCCGGUCACGCAUGCGCAAGCAGAAGCACCUAGAUGAGCUCUGGUCACAGGUAAUUUGGCUCCGAAAUGAGAAUCAUCAGCUCAUAGAUAAGCUGAACCAUGUUUCUGAAUGCCACGACCAGGUUGUUCAAGAAAAUGCUCAACUCAAAGAAGAAACCUCUGAGCUGCGGCAAAUGCUUAGUGACUUGCAACUCAAUAGCCCAUAUGCUACAUUAAGGGACCUGCAAGAGAUACCCUGUAAUACAGAUUAUCUCAGAGCUGAGUCCUCAAACCAGUCUAUCACAAGUUCUACAGAUUUGCUAGGCUAAGGGGGAGGCAACAUAUUAUUUUAUUUUUAAACCUUUGUCCUAUUUUAAUUCUGUUUGUUUGGAAGUCGAUCUGUCCUAGGCUCCUAGUCUCACUUUUAGAAAUAUAAGGUUGAACAAGAAUGAGAAUAACAUGUUUUGAGCAUAUCAUUUUAAAAUUACUGCCCAAUUAUGAAGCCGCAUAAUUAAAUUUA